UGGCCCCCCAGAGGGCAAGCGAACCUCUGAAGAGGCGUGGCUUCAAAAAUGGGAGCGCGGAAGACGACGAAGAGGAGGAAGAAGAAGAGGAGGAGGAGGAGGAAGAAGAAAAAGAAAGAAAGAGGUGCCGGCGGUCCGCUGCGUCCGCGCGUGCGCAGACACUGGCAGCCAACUGAGGGAAGCGCCUGAGGAGAUCGCUGAAGGGGGAGGGGGCGGAGCGUCGCUCGGCGCGAGACUAAAAGUUGCUCGCCCGCCUUUUUCCCCCCUCCGUCUUGAACGCUCCCCCCUUCUCGCGGCUUGUCCUCGCGCGUGCGUACUUCACUCGUGACCCCUCCCCUCCACGGCAUCCCCUGUAGUCGUCCGCGUCCUCCUCCUCCUCCUCCUGUCAGUGGCCACCUGAGGGAGCCGCUCUCUCCUCCCCCACACCCCCCAGCCAGGCCCGGCCCUGUGAGUUGGAGAAGGAGGUGGCGGCGUCGACGACUUGAGAUUCCUUGACUUUUGAUCACCCUGCCUGCCAAAAGAAUUAUAUGGUUCUUCCUUCAGAACUCAUGAACAUCCGGAGCAGUGGCGAAAGAAAGCAGUAAUUGCCCAACAAGGUCCCUUUUCUCUGCCUGUCUUCAAGCAGGAGGUGGUUCAGUCAAUAUGUGAUAAAAUUCUGUCACAGACACCCAUGUUGGAAAAGACACUGCCUGAAUUAUCCCAGCGCACCAUAAUGACGGAGGAAGCUUGCAGGACACGAAGUCAGAAGCGAGCACUUGAACGGGAAAUCACCCAAAACGACGUGGACUGUAAAAAAAUGAAAAUGGACAAAGGGCUUUUGGGGGGCCCCGAGGCCAACUCCGAAGGGGGGGACCUUAAGCUAAAGACUGACUCUGGAUCUAGUAAAGUCCAAGGAUUAUUAAAAGGAGGGGAGAUGAAAGCAACCAUCAGAGUGGAAGUUCAGACGGGAGAUGAGCCGGUGGAUAUGAGCACCUCAAAAAGUGAGGUAAAGCGAGAGAGGAGAGUCCCUUCGCCUGAUGUAAUAGUACUAUCGGACAACGAGCCGUCAAGCCCAAGAAUGAAUGGAUUAACCAAAAUAGCAUUAAAAGAGACCAGCGCAGAAGUGCUAAUGAAAAGCAGCCCAGAGGAACGGGAACGAAUGAUUAAACAGCUGAAGGAAGAACUGCGGUUAGAAGAAGCCAAACUUGUCUUACUGAAAAAAUUACGACAAAGUCAGAUACAAAAGGAAACAACAGCCCAAAAGCCUGCUGGUUCUUCAGGAAAUGCUGUAGCAACACCUCCCCCAUUAGUGAGGGGAACACAGAACAUUGCAUCCAGCAAGUCGGCCCUUCUACAGAACGCUUCUUCGCGUAUUCCUGGGACUGUUAUUCCUCCUCCUUUGAUCCGGGGUGGGCAGCAGGCAUCUUCAAAGCUGGGCUCUCAACAGAACACGCAAAUAGUCAUGCCACCUCUAGUCCGAGGAGCACAGCAAAUCCACAACAUCCGCCCGCACUCCAGCUCGGGACCUCCUCCGCUGCUCCUAGCUCCACGGGCUUCCGUUCCCAGCGUGCAGAUCCAGGGCCAGCGCAUCAUACAGCAGGGUCUCAUCCGCGUCGCCAAUGUCCCGAAUACGAGCCUUUUGGUCAACAUCCCGCAGGCCUCCCCAACUUCAUUGAAAGGUGCGGCUGGGACGUCCGCCCAGGUGAACGCUUCGACCGCCACCAGCGUUGCUUCCAUCGUCAACUCGAACGACUCUCCUGCCAGUCGGCAAGCGGCGGCUAAGUUGGCAUUGCGGAAACAGCUGGAGAAAACCCUGCUGGAAAUUCCUCCGCCCAAACCUCCGGCUCCUGAAAUGAACUUCCUGCCCAGUGCAGCUAAUAAUGAGUUCAUCUACUUGGUUGGAUUGGAGGAAGUGGUGCAAAACCUACUAGAAGCUCAAGGUAAAGUCUCCGUCAGCCCCUCCUCGCAGGAGCCCUACACCUGCGUCCAGUGCAAGACGGACUUCACCUGCCGCUGGAGGGAGGAGAAGAGCGGCUCCAUCAUGUGCGAGACGUGCAUGUCCUCCAAUCAGAAGAAGGCGCUGAAGGCCGAGCACACGAGCCGGCUGAAGGCCGCCUUUGUGAAGGCCUUGCAACAGGAGCAGGAGAUCGAGCAGCGGAUAUUGCAACAGGCCGCCUCCCCGAUUCAGAGCAAGCCAGAACAGAUAGCUCAGCAGCAUCACUCGCUCAAGCAGGCCUCCAGCCAGCUGUCCCGAAGUGCCAGCACCCCUCGUGGAGUCUUGCAUGCAUUUAGCCAGUCGCCCAAGUUGCAGAACGCCUCCGGUGUGGCCGUACUUGGUGGCAGGCAAGGUAAGCGUGCUCAGAGACCCAUCGGCAAAGGAGGUGCUUACACUUGGAAGAAGACACCCGUCAACGCAGGAGGGACGUUGAACUUUGUUAACCCUAGUCUGACCGUGCACAAAACCACCUCCUCGGCCGUAGAUCGCCAGCGCGAAUAUCUCUUGGAUAUGAUUCCUCCACGGUCCAUCCCUCAAUCGGCCACAUGGAAAUAACGCAGGAACCUCCGCCCCGAGUGGAAGACUUCCAAAAAAAAAAUUUUUUUUUUGUCUAUUACAUCUUCUUGGGUUUUUUUCUUCUCCUUCUUCUCCUUUUUGAUUCUGCCAUCUUUCCCUCCGAAAUUUCUCCACGCAGUGGAAAAGCCGCUUUCAAGUCUAACUGGAUCUGCCCGCGGGGUUUGCCGGAAAGUAUUUUUUACAUAUAUAUGUAUAUUUUACAUAUAUAUAUAUAUAUAUUUGCGCCAGUCCCAUCAGGGGCUACUUUGCUUCCUGCUGGAUAGAAAUGGACGCUCGAAAGGGUGGUAAUGAACAUUUAGGCUACCGAGUUCUUGCAAACUUUUUUUUUUUUGGCUGAUGGUUGAGACCAUCCCCAAGGAGAAUCUCAAUUUAAUAUUAUUGUUUUCUCUGUGUAUUUUGUCUCUUUAGUUUGGGGUUUAUUAUUAUUCUCUCUCUCUCUCUCUCUCUCUCUCUCUUUUUUUUUUUUUUUUUGAUCAGCACUAGUAUGGAACAAGGACUCGCGCAAGAGAUUUGAUGGCUCAAUGGCUUCCGGUCUCAGUCCCUUCCCUUCUUACAUACCAUCUCUUUUUUUUUUUUUUUUUUUUAGUUACCUUAGCUGAAUUUUAGUUUGGUUGAUCAUACAGUGGCCCUUCGUGACCAAGGAUGUACUUCUUCACCCGUUCAUAGAAAGCAGAAGUGGGACCUGGCAAAAUUUUGUGGUUGGGGGGAGAAAAACCCCAGAAAGCUGGACCGGUUUCCUCACGGCCUUGUUUUCUCUAAACCCCACUAUAAUUCCUGAGACGGCACUAUUCCAAAGGAUAACAGCAGGAGUUUGGUGUUUUGAGUUUGGAGGUUUUGUUUUGUUUUCUUUUUAACCCAGUAAUAACUUAUACUAUGAGCAAAUGCAGACAGACUUGCCACCGCCAGAAGAAAUGGAGCAACCGAACACAGGAUGUGCAUCUCCUUGUUUUCGGGAUUUUUUUUUUU